AUGAUCGGUUCUACCCUCUGUAGAAGAGGUAUACACACUGUACCUAAGCUUCCCAAUGCCUGGUUACUUCAACAGCAAGGUAUUCCAAAUGUCCUAAGUGCCAAAGGUUUCCAAACCCUAUGGAAUCAACAUCAAAAAUAUCUAUGUGAUAAAUUGACAUUAGCCACAAGUGGUACUAGCAUGGAAUCUUAUUUUCCCUUCCACCUUUUGUUAAAUACCGCCAAAAGGCCAUUUCAGACUCAUAUCUUCAAUCUAGCGUCAGCAGCUCAUAAUAACCAUCUUUUCGUGGAGAAUAUUCUACCAACUACUCAUGCUGGCAAUACCCAACCAUCAAGGUCGUUUUUGACUCGUAUAGAAGAAUCAUUUGAAAAUGACUGGGAAUCAGUUAAAGAAGAAAUGGUACGUCGUGCAGAUCAAGAAGUUUUAGGACAAGGUUGGUUAUUCUUAGUGGAAAACGCAAAUAAAGAACUACACAUUUUGUUAACACAGAAUAAUGGUACCCCAUACUACUUCCCCAGAAAUCAAUUAUUUGAUUUGAACAGUGCAUUAACCCUGGAAGAGUUUGCUCAAUUGCAGGAAGUAAGGAAAUUGGUUAAAUCUCGUGAAGGUCAAAAAGUUGAGGAUUGGACUAUGCCAUUAAUUUGCGUGUCGUUGUGGGAUCAAGCAUAUUUGCACGAUUAUGGUGUCAAGAAUAGAUCUCAAUACGUAAAGAAUGUUCUCGACAAUUUGAAUUGGUCAGUGGUUAACAGCAGACUGUAUUCCAGUGCACAGUAA